AUGGCCGACGACCAGCGUGAGAGCAGAACAUCAUCUCCUCCUACCACGAAUACUGACAGGAAAGAGCGAGAUUCGUCCAGAGGCCAAGACCGCAGACGCAGCAGAUCGCCCCGGAGAGACAGAGAUAGACGGGAAGAUCGACCUCGGCGCAAAGACGGAGGCUUCAAAUGGAAAGAGAAGCGUCGAGACGACGACGACGACUCCAGACGAGACCGCGAUUCGGGACUUCAGCGAGGCUACAAAGACCAUUAUCGACCACGGCCACGAUCUCGAUCACGAACGCCGCCCCCGCGGCCACGUUCGCCCAGGGCGCACGAUAGGGAGCGAGGGACAAAGAGCGAGAAUGCGGGUUCGAAGCGGUCGGAUGACCGAAACGGCAAGCAAGAGAGAAAGGAGAAGAAGGAGAGAAGGGCUGCCCCUGCGGCCCCGCCACAACCCAUGAUCAUUGUCUACGUCAAUGACAGACUGGGGACGAAGCAGGCGAUACCAUGCUAUCCCACAGAUCCUAUUAAGGACUUCAAGGUCAUUGUCGCAUCGAUGAUUGGCCGAAAGCCUCAUGAGAUCCUCCUGAAACGACAAGGCGAAAGACCGUUCAAAGACCAACUGACGUUACAAGACUACGGCGUCAGCAACAAUGUCCAACUUGACCUUGAGGUGGAUACAGGGGAUUGA